AUGGAACUGGUUGGCCUUGCUCUUCACACAGGUGUAGAACCAUUUUCUAGCAAGAUUCUCUGGAUUCAUGUCUGGCAUUCAAAUAGAAACCCACAGCUCAUUCUUACUUAUUACCUUGAUGUGGUUGACAAUCUUGGAUUCAUUCCCCUUGUGACUCAGAGUGACCCUGGCUCUGAAAAUUUUGGUAUUGCAAAUGCCCAAACUAUGCUGCACCAGUGGCAUGACCCUGCACUAGAGGGAACCCUGCAACAUCAGUGGAUGUGCUCUAGGAAAAAUAUCAAACCAGAAAUCAUGUGGUCCCAACUUUGUCAUCAUUUCACUCCUGGUUUUGAAUCACUUCUGGACAAUGGGGUACACCAGGGCUGUGUCUUGCCCACCUUCAUGAAUCCUGAACACAAACUUAUUUUUGUGCUUUUGUUUAGUAUGAUUUUUCAAUGGAUUUUCAUACCUUGGCUCCAAGAAGAACUUGACAGCUAUUGUGAUCAUGUAAACCACACAGCCAAAUGGCAUGAUCAUAACAAGAUACUCCCUCACAGAGUUGCUGAAUUGAUCUUUGACUCUCCCCAGGACUAUGGCAAGUUCUCUCUUUCACAAUUCAUUUCUGCUAAUCUGACUGACCCCACUGCACAUGUCUGUGAGCUAUAUGUUGAUGCAAACCACCCAGUGUUUGACUUAGUACCACAUGCAUUGAAUGCACACUUGGAGGAGUGCUAUAACAUUCUUGGACAUCCUGCCAUCACUCACUUCACCAUUUGGGAUGUCUACCCUUGA